AUGCCCAUGAAUGAAGAGACUGCCUUCAGAUUUGCACGGUUGUUAAAUUUGCCCGAUUCCGAGGAAACCUACACGUGGCUCCCCCUUAACAACGAGAAAUCAAUGCCGAAAUUGCCUCCAAUGGAGCCCUCAUCCCCUGCUAACCCCCUCGUAACCAACGGAAGAGCCACAUCUCAUGCUCCAAUCCCCAGUAAUGCAGAUCUCUCAAGUUGGCGGGACAGAAAAAAGUCGGAGGAAUUUUCCCUCCCCCCUGAUCCAUCUCCCCCGACCCCCGAUAUGUCAACUCUUCCCCGCCAAGAAGAUGUCACUUUCCCACUGUUCAACACCUCUACCGAUUUCCGCAUUCCCGGCCGGCGGAAGAAGCGGCCAAUUCUGGUUCUUGAUGGCGAGCCUGAGAAGAUGUCGACUCACGACAAGACCUCGAUCAGUUUUCCCACGAUCGCUCCGGGAGGAGGAAGCUUAAGAGAUCCAGGACAGCAUUUAGUUAAAAACACAAUUAGAACGAAUGACGGUGUGACCUUGGAGACUCCUGAGUGGAGACCAGCCAAAUCGAUGAAUCCUUCCGCAUUUUUUCCCAACAAUUUGGAGUCCAGGAAACACCCACUGCCCCUUAGCAACCUCUUUCACAACAUCAAAAGUUUACCAAACUCGGUGACGGUAAAUGGCUUAGAGAGCGUCACAAGACAUCAAGUGGGUUAUGGUUGGUUUCCCCUAGUUUCUCGUCCAAUCGCCGGCGAAAGGAAGUUAGGGGCUGAGAAGCAAACGGCACAGCCACAACGCUUCGGUAGUCUUUUCGCCCAAAACCCAGCCCCCACUGAACUUUUGCCGUUGAAUACCAAAGAAGACUUAAAGAAUGGUGUAGACGUCCAAGGACCUGCGCUGCCUCUUUGUACCAGCCAGGAACAUGUCCAAAAAUCAGCGCUCGAAAAUCCUCAUGAUUCCACGCCGCGUCCUGAAGGCAUGAUUGCGGAAAACGGUGUAGGUGUGGUGGAACCGUCGCCACGGAUCGAUGAAAAUGGGACUAAUUUUGAGGAGCGAGUGAACGACCACACAGGUCGCUUUGAGCAGACUUCGUCGCCAGAAUCUUCGCAGAUUAGUGACGUCGAAGAGGCGCCAAACUAUGCUGGUACAAUUUUCAGAAACGGCGUCAAUUCUCGUGGCCACGAAACAACACCGAGUCAGCCAAUGGUUUGCCUUGGUAAUGACACAAUAAGUGAUCAUAGUUCAGUGUCUGGUUGCAGCAUCAGUCCCAUGAUUCCUCAUCAAAUUCCGGCUGGAACAGCGCCUGUGUACGACGAGUGUGUCUCUUCUAGUUCCGAGCAUUCCUCAAUCAGUUUCACCACACCACCGCCCACCCUGUCAAAGAACGACUCGACACAGCAGCUAAUCUGUGUUACGGAAUCUGUGGAAGGAUUCGGGGACAGCAUCAUUCCAUCGGUGGUCCAGGAAGUUCUGAAGCAACGUCGACCUCUGUCCGCCUUCCAGGAUGACGCUGAAGAUGAAGAAUUAGAAGGCAAUUCGUCUACAUGCUCCAGUAGCUGUGAAAGUAUAAGCUGGGCUCAGGCAAACGCCCGCCUGGCACUGACGUCUGUAAAACUCCAUGUCUCCCUCUCUCUUCGAUUACUUUUUUUUUGGUUCCCCACGGAGUGCCCCCGCGGUGAAUCAAAUGCGUAA